AUGACGAAACCGUCUCUAACGCGCUCGCUAACGACGAACGCGCCAAAACAUCGAGAACGUCUCUACGGGCGCAUGUACGGUCUUCCCGUGGACGUGUGGGCGGCCGGGGUGAUUGCCUUCAUCCUACUGUGUGGCUUCCCGCCUUUCGUCAGGCACCUACGUGUAAUAACCAAGCCCCCGCUCUGUGUUUCAGGCACCUACGUGGGACAGUGGCUGCGCGGACAGCGGCACGGCUACGGCGUCCGCAAGAGCGUGCCGUACGGUCUCGCCUCGCGCUCGCAGCCCGGCAUCAACCCACGUGACUCGCUGACGUCACUACGCAGCGAGGAGGACAACGACGCCGCCGUCGGCCGGGAUCUGAAGGUAGAGGACAAGCGUGGAGGGUUCAUUCUGCGCGCGCGCAGCGACGACGUGCCGACGCAGCGCAGACGCUCGCUCUUCGAAAAGAAAGAGACGCUGAAGCGAACCAUCAUGGCCGGCCUGCGCAUCAAGCGGCAGCGCAGCACGGGCGACCUCUACCGGCGCAAGGCGUGCGACACCAGCUCGAUUCGCAGCACGCACAGCGCUCGCAGCGCCGAUUCUCUCGGCUCGACGCACUCGGGUCUGACGAGCGCGUCGCUGGGGAGCGGCGACAGCGAGCAGAGCUUUCACGCCGACGACAUCGGCGACCCGGGCGUGACGGAGACGUACGCCGGAGAGUGGAAGGCGGACCGCCGCAGCGGAUUCGGCGUGUGCGAGCGCUCGGACGGGCUGAAGUACGAGGGCGAGUGGCACAACGACAAGAAGUACGGCUACGGCGUGACGACGUUCAAGGACGGCAGCAGGGAGGCGGGAAAGUACAAGAACAACGUUCUCAUCAGCGGCUCGGGAAUGAAGGGUCAGCUGCGACAGUUCCUGCUGCGGCAGAAUCGGCUGCGAGAGCGCGUCGAGGGCGGCAUGCACGCGUCGAACAGGGCUUCACAGAUCGCUCUGCAGAAGUCCGACAUCGCAGCGUCCAGGACGGCGACAGCGCGGCAGAAGUCACAGGAAGCGACUGAGAUGGCGAAGCGAGCACGUGAGAACUCGGAGCGGGCGCGCAGCUCCGCCAAACAGUUCGCCCCCGAAUUCCACCAACCCGGUACGGACCUCCUUAGGAAGGGUCAUCAUGAGGGUGGUGGCGUGAGACAGCACGUCGCCGAGCCACCGCACGUCAAACAGCGCGCCAUGUCGAUCUUCGCUCGCAAGAAGUCACUCGUGCCGUCGAGCGAGUCCUCGGGCCCGAGCGGCAAAGGCAAAAUGUCGGUGAGCCGUACGAUCGAGGAAAACUUGGACGCGGCGCUGCAGCAACCACAGCAGCAGCAGCAGCAGCAGCAGCAGCAGCAGCAGCAGCAGCAGCAGCAGCAGGCGUCGACGUUGCUAAGCGUGCCGAUGCCGAACGGUAGCCCGGGCGGUAACCGUAGCAGCGGCGGCAGCAGCAUCAGCAGCGCACAGCAAGAUGGCGGCGGGCAGGCGGACGUGAAGGCCAAGCAUCGGCUGAGCUUCGCAGACACGCACACGUACAUGUACGCCGACAACGACCGCAGCGCCACGCCGCGGGCGCGCUUCGACGUCGGCCACGACGAGGACAUGUACGAAGACCGAGGCCCCUACCGGCGCGACGAGCGGCCCAAGUCCGGCUACGACUACGAAUACAACUACGAGCACGAUCACUUCGCUGGUGACGACCGCUACGCCGACGACCGCUACGACGACGGCCGACACUACGUCGGCGGCAGCGGUCGUUAUGACCGCUACGACCAGCAGGGGGAGCGACCGGCGUAUCGGCGGUCGGUGACGCUCGAUUAUAGGAGUUCGUACGACACUGAGAAUCAGCGACCUAGCUACCAGCGCGCCUACAGCAACGACUACGAUGACCACAACUACUAUGGUGACAGGUAUGGCCGACAGAGAGAUUCGAGGAAGACUCUACCGGGAUACAAGAUGGCCGCGGGACAAAACUCUACAUCGGAGCCGCAGGGGGGCAGCAGCAGCGUUAGAGGCAACCCUGAUCAUCUAUCUACCCGUCUGCCUGCAAAUCUGCACAACGCUGUCGGUAGCGCGAGUGAAGACAACAAGCCGCAG